AUGGGAUCAGCAGUUUGUAUAUAAGAAAAUCAAAAUUAUGGAAAUGAGGUUAUUUAGAAUUCAAAUGAUGUUUAACUUAACAAUAUUACAUUUGCUAAAGAAUAAUCAUCAAAAUUAGAUCAUUCCAAUCUUAAACAUCCCAGUUUAAAAAAGAAACAAAUCACCUAAAUUAAAGUAACUGUUCCAGAUGACCCUAUUAGUAUGAUCAAUUAAUUUAAUUAUUUUUAGAUUUAAGCAAUAAUUAAUCAAGUAUUUUAUUAUCAGAAAAAUAAGAACCAACUACUUCUGUAUUUCCAAAUUAGUAAAUUAUUAAGUAAACUUAGUGAUACAAACUAAUAAGGAGAAAUUAAUCAUUACUAAAAUAUUUAAUUAUUUGGAAGAGAAGUUUAAUAAUCAUUUAAACUGAACUCAACAUAGAAAUUAGUUUCUUCUUUAUAAGAAGAAGUUCUUUAAUGUAAGUUGUCAUUUUAAAAAUUAGAUCAGAAUUCAAAGAAUAAAACUCACAGUAUUCAAAAUCUUAAAAAGACGACAAAAGAUAAAAACUACUUAAUAUGAAUUUAGUUGAAGAUAAUGUAUUUGAUAGUUCAAUUAUAUAAGCUUGAUGAUUACAUCUAAUACGAUUGGAAGAAUACAAAAUUUCAAUUAAUUAGUAUCAAUGAUUAAAAUUUAUUGAAGAAACUUAAUUCAGCUAAAACUGUGACGAAAUAAGUUAAAAUUAAUUUUUGA